CAGAGUCGCAGAGCAGAUGGCACCCCCUACACACACCCGCACACCGCGCCCUCGCCUGCCCCGCCGCAGCACCACCUGCAAUUCUAGGAAGACACGGCUUCCGGGAAGGGCUGGGACGCGGCGGACGGAAGAUUAGCUGCGGCUCGCCCCGCCCCCGCCGGCCCGCCCCCUCGCCCUCCCUGCCCCUCCUUGGUCCUCUGCACAGUCUUCUCUCAGUUCCCGCCUGCCGCCGUGUGCCCCGGACCCAGAUCUGCUUGCUUGGCGCCCAUUGCUCCCUCUGCCGCGGUCCCGCCGAGCCCCUCCAGAGCCGCCGCUGCGCCGGGACAUGGUCCUCUGCGUCCAGUGAUCUAGUCCUUUGCUGGCUGUAGAACAAAUUGGGCAGUGGGCCCAGAGCCUUCAGUUGUCUGAGCUAGCCAUGCAACCUUUGCCUGUUGGGGUCUUCCUGGAAGAAGUGACAGAGGAGACACCUAUCCAACCAGAGAGUGAGCCAAAGGUGCUGGACCCUGAAGAGGAUCUUCUAUGCAUAGCCAAGACUUUCUCCUACCUUCGGGAAUCUGGCUGGUACUGGGGCUCUAUUACAGCCAGUGAGGCCCGGCAACACCUUCAGAAAAUGCCAGAGGGCACGUUCCUAGUACGAGACAGCACCCACCCCAGCUACCUGUUCACACUGUCAGUCAAAACCACUCGUGGCCCCACCAAUGUGCGCAUCGAGUAUGCUGACUCCAGCUUCCGCCUGGACUCCAAUUGCUUGUCUCGGCCUCGUAUCCUGGCCUUCCCAGAUGUGGUGAGCCUUGUGCAGCACUAUGUGGCCUCCUGUGCUGCUGACACUCGAAAUGACAGCCCUGAUCCUGUUCCUGCCCCACCUCUGCCUAUGCCUAAGGAGGUUGCUCCUGGUGACCCAGCACUUCCUGCCCCUGCAGCCACUGCUGUACACCUAAAAUUGGUGCAGCCCUUUGUACGAAGGAGCAGUGCCCGCAGCCUACAGCACUUGUGCCGCCUUGUCAUCAACCGUCUGGUGACUGAUGUGGACUGCCUACCACUGCCCCAACGCAUGGCCGAUUACCUCCGACAGUACCCCUUCCAGCUCUGACUGGGCCUGCUACAUUGCCCAGCUUCAUACAGCCACAUUCUGCAAGAGACACAGGCCUCUGCUAGACUCGCCCUGCCGUCCCUCCUUCAGUUGUCAUGAUGCCUACAUGCAUCUGGUAGCUAGCUGGACCAGGAAGAGCUAACAAGAAGGCCACAGGGUGACGAGGGGAGCUGUCACACAGUUUGUGGCUCCUUUAUUGUGAGUCAUGUGUCAAAGGCGAGGGAGACAAGCAGGACCUUGUCUCACCCUGCAAGAUCGGUCUAGGUCUUCACUCAUCUACCUGCCUCAACUUUCUGAACUCUGUAGACUUUCUCAGUUCUGGUUUCCCAAUCCACAGGGUGGGGCAGGCCCCCUAUCCCCAGCCAGCCUCAGUUGUUAGGAAGAGGGUGACCAGAGAAACUGAGGAACAAGAGGAACUGAGGUUGACAACUGAGGAGCAGGCCAGGCUGGGGGACACAGUUAUACAAUAUUUAUUUAUUUAUUCUUGGAGUUGGUCUCAGAUGAUCCACCCCACCUCUCUUCCCUGAGCCCUGGGUUGUCCAGAAAUAGCUCUGUGCCAACUUCUCUGGUUCUUCCCUGUGGAGGACCCUGUCCUGAGAUAUGGUUCUGGACCCAGGGCAGUUUUGGACGUCUUAGCAGUGCCCCACCUACAGGUGAACAUGUGUGUUGUCUUCUAUCCCCAGCCCAGUUUGGGGAGGGCAGAUGAAUGGACAAGAAAGUAGAGCCAGAGUCUCAGUCCCCAGCAGAGCCUCUAGCUCACCACUUGCAGGACUGGGCCAGGCCUGCAUAGCACUGAGAGCGGGGGAGAAAUACAUAGCUGAUAAAUACUUUAUGAAAUAAUUAUUGUAACAUAAAAACCAGUUUGGUAGUCUUUUUUUCUUCCACUGAUUUUUCUGUAAUGUAAUAAAAUUAUACCUUUCAUUUAA